AUGCCGCCGCGCAAAUCCAGCUCGCGCAAAAGCGACACUUCUACCGCACGAUUUGUCCCAAUGGAUGAUGUGUCACCACUGGAACCAAGCCCGGCACCAGCAGCGGCAUCCACACAAGCCGAUGCCUCUGCACCAGCCCCAGCACCCAUAAGUGCUGAGACUAUUACUGCCGAGGGUGAAGCUGGGUCCUCACCUGUACAGACCACAGAAAAGAAGGAUAAAGACAAGGAUAAGGAGAAUAAGGAGCACAUUACUAUCGAGGACUUGACCCUUCCAAAGUCUAUAAUAACCCGCUUAUCCAAGGGCGUGUUGCCCCCAAACACACAGAUCCAGGCCAAUGCUAUCAUGGCCCUUAGCCAAAGCACCACUGUCUUUAUCAACUACCUAGCCUCCCACGCCAACGAGAACACUGUGAAUGCUGGCAAAAAGACUAUUUCCCCUGCAGAUGUUUUCAAGGCCCUGGAGGAGACCGAGUUUGCUUUCCUUCGCGAACCCCUCGAAGCUGAGUUUGCCAAAUUCAACGCCAUCCAAACAGAGAAGCGCACAUCCUACCGCCAAAAAGUCCGCGCCAAAAAGUCAGACGGCGCAGACACCGACAUGCCUGACACGUCUCACAUUGAGACUGACGCAGACACGACUAUUGCUUCGACAGGCCCGCUGGCAAAGCGCCCCCGCGUUGAGCCCGGUAACGCUGACGCCGAAGAGGACGCUGUGACUGAAGAUGAAGUUGAGAUCCCCGAAGAUUCUGACGACGAUGAGGUGGAAGACGAGGAAGAGGAAGAGGGUGAAGCAGAAGCUAGUGGUGACGACCCCCAAGAUGCCCUUGAGGUCAAGGAAGGAAAGGAUGAAAGAGACGAGGCUUUGGAUGGGGACGAGAGCGAUUAA